AUGGUCAUAACAACUGAUUCGAUACCAACUCCUUCUAUUCCGACCGUUACACAACAAUUAUCUGUUUUAUCUGAAGAUAACAGCCGUUUAAGGGAAGUAAAUUUGGAGAAUACAAGAUCUCCUCUGAGAAAUAGUAUAUCAUAUUCCAAUAGGAAUUUACGUAGCUCUCCUGAUCUAGAAGCAACUCCAAAUGUCAUUCCUAAUCGAACUGGAUCAUUCAUGGCAACAAGUAAUUUAAGUUGUCUUACGAACAAUGGUACUCAACCAGCAGACGCUACUCCGGGUCAUAUUGCGUUUAACAUUACGUCAUUUAGUGGCACCUCUGGUAUUCUUCAAAAAUCUUCUUUUGAAAGGUUGUCAUCCGGUAAACGUAAGUUAAUUGGUAGACCACGAAUUACUUCUCCAAUACCAAUUAUUGAUUUUACCACAGAGCAGAUUGUAGUUCAAGAUCCCUUGAAAGGUGUUUCAAAUGAUUAUUUGGAUCAUGGUGACCAAUGCGUUACUUGUGAAGUAUGUAAUGCAAAGUUGUGGAAUGCAGAAAAAGGAAAAGGAAGAAAAAAGGAUGGAAAAGUUUGCUAUUUCAUUUGUUGUUCUUAUGGCAUAGUAGAGCUUCCAGAUUACAAAGAUGCCAGAGGAAGUUAUCGAAUCCUGUUUAGUAACAAUGGUGAUGAAAGCAAGCAUAUUUUGAAAAAUAUUCGCCGUUACAAUUCAAUGUUCGCAUUUACUUCAAUGGGUGGUAAGGUUGAUUCGACGGUUAACAGAGAUGGUGCAUCUUCUUCUUCUUCAACUGUUGAUCGUAAACUAAUUGAACAUAUAAAGGAUGUACUAGACAAUGACAAUGAGUUGGUCAAAACUUACAGAAGAGUUAGGGAUUCCUUCCAAGACAACCCUAAUGUAAAUGUGAAGCUUCGAAUAAUUGGAACAAGAGAAAAAGAUGGUCGCACGUAUAACUUACCAACGGCUGGUGAGAUUGCUACUCUCAUUGUUGGUGAUAUCGAAAAGGUCGUUGACAAUAGAGAUAUUGUAGUUGAGACUCAAACAGGUGAACUUAAAAGAAUUUGUGAGUUGCAUCCAUCAUAUCUCGCACUACAAUAUCCGAUUUUGUUUCCGUACGGAGAUGAUGGCUACAGAAUUGAUAUCCCUCAUAGAGGUGUUGUUGAUGUUGUUAAUAAAACACGUCCAAAGUUUGUUUACACUAUCGAGUUCCAAAAACGUGGUUUGCCUCAUGCCCAUUUAUGCUUAUUCAUGGAACCUGAAUUCAAAUUAUCUACUGUGGACCAUGUUAAUUCAUUUAUAUCUGCAGAAAUUCCAAAUAGAGAUGAAGAUCCAGAAUUAUUCAUCCUGGUGAAAGAGUAUAUGAUACAUGGUCCAUGUGGUAAUGCUAGGUUGAGCUCUCCAUGUAUGGUAGAUAUGAAGUGUUCAAAAGGCUUUCCAAAAAAGUUUCAAGAUCAUACAACACUAGAUUCAAACGGGUUUCCAUUAUACAGAAGGAGAAACAAUGGUGCUUCUGUUGUGAAAAAUAAAGUUGACCUUGAUAACAGGAGUGUGGUUCCCUACAACAAAAAAUUAUUGAAAAGAUAUCAAGCUCAUAUCAACGUUGAAUGGUGCAAUCAAGCCGCGUCUAUAAAAUAUCUUUUUAAAUACAUCAAUAAAGGUCCUGAUAGAGCCACUAUAGCUGUUGUGCAUGGUGAUAAUCAACCGGAAGAGCAACCACAAGACGAGAUCAAAGAGUAUUACGAUUGCCGCUAUAUAUCAGCUUGCGAAGCAUCUUGGAGGAUAUUUGCUAACGAAGUACAUUAUAGAAGACCUUCUGUUAUGAGGCUUCCAUUUCAUCUACCUGGCCAACAACCUGUUGUUUUCGGCCCUGACGAGGAUAUUAACUCUGUUCUAAACAAACCGUCAGUUAAAUCUUCAAAGUUUCUAUCAUGGAUGGAACGUAAUAAAGACCCAAAUGACCUGUUGGCACGUACACUUACAUACGUUCAGUUCCCUAUUUUUUAUGUAUGGAAGCUUGACAAGCGAGUAUGGGAACCAAGAAAAGGGAAAAAAUCAAUUGGCAGGAUUCAUUCCGUAUCUCCAUCUUUAGGUGAAGCAUAUUUUUUGAGAAUUCUUCUUAACAAGGUUAGAGGACCAACAUCGUUUGACGACAUUAAAACAGUUAAUGGUAAAGUUUACGAUACAUACAGAGAUGCUUGCUACGCACUUGGUCUUUUAGAUGAUGAUUCAGAGUAUGUGGAGGCAAUAAAAGAAGCAAAUUUAACUGGAAGCUCUUCAUACAUUCGGAAUUUAUUUUCUACGAUGUUGUUAUCCAGUAGUCUUUCUAGACCUGAGGUUGUUUGGGAAAGUUCGUGGAGAUACAUGGCAGACGAUUUUGUUUACAGACUAGCAAAAUACCAUCGAGUUACAGCGUUAUCAAUUCCGGAUCACCAACUGAAGAACUAUGUCUUGGUCGAAAUUGAAAAGUUUUUAUUGCGAAAUAAUUCUUCGUUGCGAAGAUUUGAAUCAAUGCCAUAUCCAGAUAUGUCGUCUUCAGGUAUUUCAGAUUGUCGUUUGAUAUACGAGGAGCAGGCAUAUGAUACAACAUACCUUGGAAAUCUGUACGAUAGUCAAUUGACAAUGUUAACUGAUGAACAACGCUCUGUUUUUGAAGAGAUUAUGGCAGCAGUAAACAGUGAUAACGGUCGGAUUUUUUUCCUUUAUGGGUAUGGUGGAACAGGUAAAACAUUUUUAUGGAAGACAUUGUCUGCUGCAAUUAGAUCAAGAGGUCAAAUCGUGUUAAAUGUGGCUUCAAGUGGAAUUGCAUCGUUGUUGUUAGAUGGUGGCAGGACUGCAUAUUCCAGGUUUAGCAUACCGUUGAAUCUUACUGAAGAUUCGGUAUGUAAUAUAAAACCAGAAAGUGAUUUAUCUAAAUUACUUCAUGAGACUAAAUUGAUAAUUUUGGAUGAAGCACCUAUGGUUCACAAACAUGCAUUUGAAGCGCUCGAUAGAACAAUGAAUGACGUUUUCAACAUUGACACAUAUCUCAAUUCUGAAAUCCGGUUUGGAGGUAAGGUUAUUGUUUUUGGAGGAGAUUUUAGACAAAUAUUACUUGUUGUUCCAAAUGGUGGGAGACAAGAGAUUGUUAAUGCCUCCUUAUGUUCGUCUUAUUUGUGGAGUAAAUGUAAAUUGCUAAGACUAACUAGAAACAUGAGGUUAACGGUUGGAAGAUCUACGACUGAUGUUGAUGAAAUAAAUACUUUUGGCAAAUGGCUUUUGGAUUUGGGUGAGGGUAACGUUGGUGGUCCAAAUGAUGGAGAAGCAACUAUUGAAAUACCACAAGAUCUUUUGAUUACUGAUCCAUCAGAUCCAAUUGGAAGUUUAAUUGAUUUUGUUUAUCCAUCAAUCUUGGAAAACGUAGACGCCCAUAACUAUUUCAGUGACCGGGCUAUACUUGCACCUAAAAAUGAAGUUGUUCAUGAGAUUAAUGACAGGUUGCUAGCAAUGUUUCCUGGUGAAGAAAAAGAGUAUCUUAGCUCUGACAGUCUUUGUCCGUCUGAAGAUGUAAAUUCUACACAACAAAGACUUUACUCUCCGGAUGUGCUCAAUGGUCUUAAAAUAUCAGGCCAACCAAAUCAUAGGUUAGUCCUUAAAGUUGGUGUUCCAGUGAUGUUAUUAAGAAAUAUUGAUCAACGGAAUGGAUUGUGCAACGGUACAAGGCUACAAGUAAAAAAACUGCACAACCGUGUAAUAGAAGCGGAGAUAAUAUCUGGUUCAAAUAUUGGUACUUGCACAUAUAUCCCUCGAUUAAACUUGAUACCUUCUGAUAAAAAGAUUCCUUUUUCUUUUCAAAGAAGGCAAUUUCCACUGGCCGUAUGUUUUGCAAUGACCAUCAACAAAAGUCAAGGCCAAUCUCUUUCAAGAGUUGGUUUGUACCUCAAACAACCGGUCUUCUCUCAUGGUCAAUUGUAUGUUCCCUUAUCAAGGGUGAAAACAAGAAAUGGUGUCAAGAUACUCAUACUUGACAACAACGGAAAACCUACGGAUAAAACAACUAAUGUGGUGUAUAAAGAGAUAUUCAACGAAUUGUGA